UCCAAAAAAUGUACCAAAAAAAAAAAAAAUUGAAUCCAAAAAAAUUUAAAUUGUCAUUGAAAAGUAACUCCCGAUUGAAUUGAAUUUGGAAACGCAACGCAACGCAUGGACCAUGGUUGAUAUAUAUUGGGUUCUAAUUCUAUGUUGAAAAGUUGAAUCGAAGCAGAGCAGAAAUGGGAAAUCAGAAGCAAAAGUGGACGGCGGAUGAAGAAGACGCGUUGCAUCGCGGCGUGCAGAAGCACGGUGCUGGCAAGUGGAAGAACAUCCUCAAAGAUCCCGAGUUCGCCCCUUUCCUCACUAGCCGUUCCAACAUCGACCUUAAGGAUAAAUGGCGAAAUUUAAGUGUUGGCAAUGGUCAAGGAUCUAAAGAUAAGUCUAGGACUCCCAAGAUCAAAGCAAUAGUUCCAGUUCCUGUUCCAGUUCCUGCUCCUGCUCCAACUCCAGCUCCAGUUGCCGCUCCACAAAAUGCUGCUCCUGCUCCUCAAACUCAAACUGAUCAUCCUUCUCAAAGUCCUCCUCGGUACAAUGCAAUGAUUUUUGAAGCUCUAUCAUCAAUCAAGGAUACUAAUGGUUCUGACAUAAAUGCCAUUGUUAGUUUCAUCGAGCAAAAACACAAGGUUCCUCAUAAUUUCAGAAGGGCAUUAGGUACAAGGUUGAGAAGGCUUGUUAGUCAAGGGAAACUUGAAAAGGUACAGAAUUGUUACAAGAUAAAAAAGGACACCCCAACGGGGACGAAAUUAACUGCACCAAAAUCACCUGCUCCAAAACAAGAGGAUGUCUGGCCUCGGCAAUCACCAGCCUCUAGUUUAUUGACAUCUAUAGAGACAAUAAAGGAUGCCGCUGAUACUGCAGCCUACAGAGUUGCUGAUGCGGAGAACAAAUCAUUUUUGGCCGCUGAGGCAGUGAAGGAGGUGGAAAGAAUCUCAAGGCUGGCUGAAGAUACUGAUUCAAUGUUACAGCUCGUGAAAGAGAUUUAUGAGAAAUGUUCGCGUGGUGAAAUUGUCCUCUUGGCUUAAGUUGGUAAACGCGUAAGGCCGAUAAAUCAUAAAUAGAUUAGUGUAGUUUGGUUUCAAUGGGUAUAUUUGUCGAUCCAGUGAAAACUAUUUUAAUAUUCAUACCCCCCCAACCCACCAAAACUUGAUUUUGGUACUAGUUAGUAUUUUUGUGAAUAUUCAUAAACUUGAUUUUGGUGCUAGUUAAUAGUCAUAUCCAUCAAAACUUUCUUUCA